AUGCCCCGCUCCUUCCUGGUGAAGAAGCCCUCCAGCACUCGCAUCCCCAACUACGGCCAGCUCGACACGCGCGCUCACGAGAUGGACGAUGGCUCGUGCGGCUUGUGCCGGGGGCCGCCGGCCGUCUGCCCCGCCGCCACCUGCGAUGCCGCCUGCGAUGCCGCCUGCAAUGCCGCCUGCCCCCGGGACCGCGGCUGCCUCUUCGCCCGCUUCGCCCCGCCGCUGCCCGCCGCGAGCCCGGGGACUCCCCUGCGGGACAACCAGAGCCUGAACCUGCCGCGGCGGCAGCCGGCGGCACCGGAGGGACCGCGGGGCAGCUGCAGUGGGGCGGCCGAGGCCCCGGGGCGGCCGGCUCGCCCCAAGCCCCGGUGCCCCUUGCCGGGGCCGGGGUGCCGGCGGCAGCCACCCCGCGAGCCGCCGAGCCGGCGGGGCUUCAGCUGCCGGUACUGCGAGAAGGCGUACGGCAGCCUGGGCGCCCUCAAGAUGCACAUCCGCACCCACACGCUGCCCUGCGUCUGCGCCGUCUGCGGCAAGGCCUUCUCCCGGCCCUGGCUGCUCCAGGGCCACGUCCGCACCCACACAGGAGAGAAGCCCUACGCCUGCCCCCACUGCAGCCGGGCCUUCGCCGACCGCUCCAACCUGCGCGCCCACCUCCAGACCCACGCCGACGUCAAGAAGUACCGCUGCCGCGCCUGCGCCAAGACCUUCUCCCGCAUGUCGCUGCUGGCCCGGCACGAGGACGGCGGCUGCUGCGCCGCCUCCUGA